CCGAGGAGCAGUUUCAAUGCCAGAGGCGUUCUUCUCCUGUGCAUGCUGAACCAGACAGCUAUACUAUUUUGUUGUCUUGUUAAACUCACUCCCUUAAUUUCUUCAUGGCACCCCUACUUCACACAAACAUCAUCACUAUAUAUUGAGGGUGCUACAGAGAUCUUAAUCCACCAAAUUACCUCCUUCACUUGAACCAAUCCGUUUGAUGGAGCAAACCAAAGAGGGCAGCAACACAAAUGAAAAGAUGGUUAGUGAUGUGGAUUCUUCUUCAACUCAUGUUGAAGAAUUCCAACCACAAAAACAUGACAAGGAUCCUGGUCUGAAUUUAAGAAGAACGGUCUCAAAUCAUUCUGCCAAAAAGUCACGGAAGAAGAAGUGGAAAAUUAUUAAGAAAUUGGAAGAUGAGGCCAAAAUGUUGCAGGCUCAACUUGCCAUACUUAAACCAGAACAUGAGAGACAAAAGAAGCAGCUGCAGCUUUUAAUGGAGGAAGAGAAGGCGUUGCUCAAGGAAAUGCAUGAUCUUCAGGAAAAGGCAUUGCUCAAAGAUGCUGAAAAUGAGAAGAGCAUGGAGACGAUAAAAAUGCUGAAGGAGCUCCGACAAAAGCAGGUAGAGGAAUUGCUUAAGCUUGAUAUUGAUCCGUUUGAUUCUGUGUUCAAUGCUGCACCCUCAUGUGAAGGUGGAAGUGGAUCGAAAUCUCCAUGAGCUAAGGAAGAUGGUGACAGCUGCUAUGCAUGAAAUAAAGAGGAGACCAUGUUUGAAGAGGAACUAGUUUUCUUUAGGCAUAGGGUUUCCAUUUAAUGUUGUUUUGUAGUCUCUGAAAAAACAAUGUUGUUUGCAUAGUGGUUGUAUAAGUGGAGGUUUUUAUUUAAUGUUCUUGUUUGAUUAAUGUUUCAUUUCACCUUAUUCA